ACAUCUCGCACUCGCAUCGCAGCUCCCAACUCCAACUCAAGUGGGCUCCUUCUUCCCCCACAACUCCACGGAAAAAACCUCGCAGUACACGGCCACCCACCACCUAACUCCCUUCCUUCCUCUCCCUAGAAAUAUUCCCGCAUCCGCAUCCCGCAUCCCGCCUGGUUUGUGAUUCGCCGAACAGCUUUGCCGGGAGAAAGCGAGGAAGGAAGGAAGGAGAGGAGGGAGCCAUGGAGAAGGCGAUCAACAGGCAGAGGGUGCUUCUCGCCCACCUGGAGCCCGCCGCGAGUCCCGCCGCCGCCGCGCCGGCCAUCACCGCGAGCGCGUGCGCCGCGGGGGACAGCGCCGCGUACCACCGCGGGGCGUGCUUCGCAGACGACGUCGUCAUCGUCGCUGCCUAUAGGACAGCAAUUUGCAAGUCCAAGAGAGGUGGUUUCAAGGAUACUCCCGCAGAGGACCUCUUGGUUCCAGUAUUCAAGGCUUUGAUAGAUAAAACGAAGUUGAACCCAAGUGAAGUUGGUGAUAUUGUUGUUGGUACUGUUUUAGCUCCUGGGUCCCAAAGGGCAAUUGAAUGCAGAAUGGCUGCAUUUUAUGCUGGAUUCCCUGAUACCGUUCCUCUUAUGACUGUAAACAGGCAAUGUUCGUCUGGGCUUCAAGCAGUUGCAAAUGUUGCUUCUAACAUUAAAGCAGGACUUUAUGACAUUGGUAUUGCUGCUGGCCUAGAGUCCAUGACAGUGAACCAAGUUCGCCUUGAUGGGCAAGUGAACCCCAAAGUUGAGCUGUUUUCUCAAGCACGCGAUUGCCUUCUCCCAAUGGGCCUCACGUCCGAGAAUGUUGCAAAACGAUUUGGCAUAACACGAAUGGAGCAAGACCAGGCUGCUGUUGAGUCCCACAGGAAGGCUGCGGCUGCAGCUGCUUCUGGUAAAUUCAAGGAAGAAAUUGUUCCAGUUCACACGAAGAUUGUGGAUCCAAAAACUGGUGAGGAAAAGGAGAUAGUGGUCUCGGCAGAUGAUGGAAUCCGACCAGGCACUUCAUUGGCAGUCCUGUCAAAACUCAAACCAGCAUUCUCUAAAGAUGGCACCACUACUGCUGGAAACGCUAGCCAAGUAAGCGAUGGUGCUGGAGCAGUCUUACUAAUGAGACGUGACAUUGCUAUGCAAAAGGGUCUUCCAAUAGUUGGCGUCUUCAGGAGCUUUGCAGCAGUUGGAGUUGAUCCAGCUAUAAUGGGUGUUGGUCCUGCUGUUGCCAUCCCUGCGGCAGUGAAAGCUGCUGGUCUUCAAAUAGAUGAUGUUGACCUUUUCGAGAUUAAUGAGGCCUUUGCAUCACAGUACGUAUACUGCUGCAAGAAGUUGGGACUUGAUCCUGCAAAAGUUAACGUUAACGGAGGUGCAAUGGCUCUUGGGCAUCCAUUGGGUGCUACAGGUGCACGGUCUGUCAGUACCCUUCUCAACGAAAUGAAGCGACGGGGCAAAGACUGUCGAUUUGGUGUGAUUUCCAUGUGCAUAGGUUCUGGCAUGGGGGCUGCUGCUGUCUUUGAGCGUGGGGAUGCAGUGGAUGAGCUCACUAAUGCUCGGUGCAUCCCGACCCAUAACCGGCUUUCGAAGGACGCCAUGUAACUAGAACUAUAUAUAUAUGUCAUAAAAAUUGUGCAACUGCCACUAUUGUUUGAAAUAUCAACACAAGAGUAGGGAAUAAAACGCUUGUGUAUCUGUAAUCUCAUCCAGCUCUGAACUUGGCUAGUUGGAGAAUCCUUGUUAAUUAGGAAAUUCAUGCAUAAUAACUCAAAAGUUGUCCCUUGUCAGCCUGUUCAUCUGAUUACCUUUUGCUUUCGAAAGUUAUCAGAUGAUUGUCUAUUUGUAUCAGAAAAUGUUGUGAAGCCUGAUGCAUAUGACGCGGGAUUCCGGUGAAAGGAUA